AGUUUCCUCGUCCAAGAUGGCGAUCGGAUCGAAGAUAGAACUGGGACGGAUUGUUCUUUAUGUGUUUUUUCCCGUGGCAAUAUUCUUCUACUUUAAUAUGCCAGGAUCAUACGAAGACUUCAUGGCGCAGAAGAAGAAAGAACUUUACCCACCAGAUGAAGAGUGCAAUAAACCUCCAAACACAACUGAGGGCUUAGCAAAAGCUUGGGAAAAAAUCUUAAAGGAAAAAAAAGAGAAGACACAAAAGUAAAACAAUGAAGUGUCACUCAGAAUGUCAUCACAAGAAAUGUGCAGACUACUCCAAAGAUAAGCUUUCUUUUAUUUAAAGAUUAAUUACUGUGUCACCUAACAAAUGAAUAACUGCCCUAUACAUAGUAUUCAUAAAGCAAUUCUAAAUGUAGCUUACAAAAGUGAAGCUUCUUUUUUUAUGGAAAAAAAUUAUCAAAUAGCACUCAGUGCUAUCAAAUGUUA